AUGCCGGCCGUCGAAGCAUCCCCCGUUACGUCUUCCGAGUCCGGUCUUGUCAAGAUGGAAGACCGGAAGAGACCCGCCGGUUAUGACCAUAAUGACUCUGCGCCUCCGUUAAAGAAGCAGGCGACAUCUGUCAACGGUAAUAAGCCUCACCCGGAUGCUGACAUGCCCUGGAAGGAUGACCUAGAGAUGCAGGAGUUCAAGCGGGAGAAACUCACUUUGGAGUCUAAGCUGAAAGAAAUGACUAAAGCGGCUACUUACCACAACGAUCAUCUUCGAAUCAUCGACAUAUGGUUUAAGCAAUUGAUUGAUGAGGUUAAGAUCCUCGUGGGUGAUAUAGAUGAGAAGGAAAAAGAUCAACAAACUUUCCGCACCUCGCUAUUGUUCGAAGAUAAUGAGAAUUUCGAGAACCAUCUCAAAGCUCGCUCUGACGAUAUCAAAGAUACUAUCUCAAGGUUGCUUUCCCACACGCCAAAACAUUCCCCGGAAGUUUCGGAAUUACAGAGCCAAUUAGCGAAGAAACUGGCGGAAGAGAAAGUACACAUCUCGGAGCUUGAAAAGGCUCUAUCCGAGAAACAGCAGCUGGAAGAACAAUUGGAGGAAGCAUCCCUGAGAUAUAUGGUUGCCGAGAAGAAACUUGAUCGAGCGCGAAGUCUGACUGUUGCGAAACUGGAGAAGCAAUACCUGCUUGGUGCACAGCGACCCGGAGGCGAUAGUGCGGCAUCCGCGAAUCAAGAAGGUACUCCAGCAAAUGGCGUCAGUACCGGUGGCGAAAAGAAUGCCGAAUUAGAGGAGGCUUAUCAUAAGACACUUGCUGUUUCUCAGAAGCAGAAGGAACAGUUAGAGGCUUUGGAGGCGGAAAAUGCGAAGUUAAACAGCCAGAUUACUGCUCUGAAUCUGAAGAACUCAAAGCUUACGGACGAGGAUUAUGCCAAUACCGAUCUCUUCAAGCGAUUGAAAUCCCAGCAUGAAGACGUGAUCAACCGUAUCAACCACCUUGAAGCGGUGAAUGCCCAACUUCGCCAGGAAGCUGAAAAGUUUCAAGCUGAGCGGACUGCUUAUCGCAAUCAACUUGAGUCUGAGACACAGAGCGCCAUCGCAGAGAAGGAGGCGCAAUUGGCAAAAGCCGAGACAGAUUUGGCUAGAAUCAGGCAUGCCCGUGACGAGCUUCUCGCUGAUCAGCAAAUGAGGAAGGCUGCUCAAGAGCAAGAGAAAACUGCCAUCACCAAGAUCCAGGAACUAGCGGCGGCACGGGAAGCUCAGAUUCAGGCUUUGGAGUCUGAAUUAGAGAGGUUGCGUUUGAAGGUGGAUGGACUAAAAGAUGCACCACAGAAUAUUGAGGAAAUCCCUGUUGAGGAGCUGCGGACCAAAUAUCAAGUGCUGGAGCGCCAAUACGCGAUGCUCAACAAUGAACUCACUUCAAUGCAAACGGUCUGCAAGAAGUACUCGGGAUUGGCAUCUCAGAAAGUUGCAGAAUUUACCGCUCUUGAGGAGAAGGUCCAACGGUUGAUAGCGGAAAAGUCCAAGGCCGACCAGAAAUAUUUCGCUGCCAUGAAGAGCAAGGAGGCACGGGAAUCCGAGGUCCGGACGUUGAGAAUGCAGAACUCCAAGAGCUCCGACAUCGUAUCACAGCUGAAGGACGCGGAAGCUGCGACACGCUCUCUACUCACGAAUUUGGAGAAACAGGUCGCUGAAGGCAAAGAGGCGUUGAAUGCGGUAACCGAUAAAUAUCGUGCUGCGCAACAACAGGUGACAGAAAGCAAUAUUGUCAUCGAUGGUCUGAAAGCGCAAGUUGAAGAACUCAAGAACUUGGCAACGUCGAAAGAUUCGGCUUUAGCAAGUACUGCAGCAGCCUGUCGCAGGGCAGAGACCGAAGUUGAGAGUCUGAAAUCGACCCUUGCGGAUACGAAAAAGAGUCUCGAGGCGUGGAAAUCGAAGAGUCUAGGAAACUCUUCCUCAGAGUAUGAAAUGCUACGGUCUGUCGCCGUAAUUUCAAGAACACCGUAA